AUAAAAUAAGUUCAGCGCCCUCUGCGCUUUGCUUGGAAUAAAAAGGCCACAAGCCCAGACCCAGAGCACCCGCAGGAUUUGCGCCAUGGCCGCCGCACCCGCACUUCCCCAGGCCACCUCCGCCGGCCACCGUUUCGAGUUCGACGUGAUCGUCGUCGGCGCCGGCAUCAUAGGCAGCUGCGCCGCGCACGCGGCCGCGUCUCGCGGGGCGCGCGCCCUGCUCCUGGAGCGCUUCGACCUGCUCCACCACCGCGGCUCCUCCCACGGCGAGUCCCGCAUCAUCCGCGACGCCUACGCCAAGGCGCGGUACCUGCCCAUGGUGCGCCUCGCGCGCCGCCUCUGGGCGGACGCCGAGGCCGAGUCCGGCUACCGCGUGCUCACCCCGGCGCCGCACCUCUCCAUGGGCCCGCGCGGCAACGCCACGCUCGUCGCCGCCGCCGGGAACGCCGGCGCGGUGGAGGUGGACCUGGCCCGGAGGUGGGGAGGCGCCUUCCGCGUCCCGGACGGGUGGCUAACCGCGGUGAGCGAGCGCGGCGGCGGAGUGCUGAGAGCGACCAAGGCGGUGGCCAUGUUCCAGGCGCUAGCCGUCAGGAAGGGCGCCGCGGUCAGGGACAACGCCGAUGUCGUGAGCAUCGAGAAGGCGCCGGAGGGCGGCGUCGUGGUGAAGACGAGCGGCGGCGAGGAGUUCCGCGGCGCCAAGUGCGUCGUCACGGUGGGCGCCUGGGCGAGCAAGCUGCUCAGGUCCGUCGCCGGCGUGGAGCUCCCCAUCCAGCCGCUGCACACGCUGACCCUGUACUGGCGCAUCAAGCCCGGCCGCGAGGGCGACCUCACGGCGAAGGCCGGGUUCCCGACGUUCUCCAGCUACGGCGACCCGCCGGUGUACGGCACGCCGUCGCUGGAGCUCCCGGGCCUGAUCAAGAUCAGCUGCGACGGUGGGCCGCCGUGCGACCCGGACGGCCGCGACUGGGUCUCCGGCGACCGGGAAGUCACCGAGCGCGUGGCCAGGUGGAUCGAGGCGUCCAUGGCGGGCCACGUGGAGGCAGCCGGCGGGCCGGUGAUCCGGCAGUCGUGCAUGUGCUGCAUGACGCCGGACGGGGACUUCGUGAUGGACUUCCUCGGCGGGGACUUCGGGGAGGACGUGGUGGUCGGCGCCGGGUUCUCCGGGCACGGGUUCAAGAUGGGGCCGGCGGUGGGGAGGAUCCUGGCCGAGAUGGCCAUCGACGGCAAGGCCGAUACGGCGGCGGAGGCCGGCGUGGAGCUCGGUCACUACAGGAUCAACCGUUUCGACGGCAACCCCAUGGGAAAUGCCAAGGACUAAUUAAUUAGUGACGUCGAUCAUGGAUGUGUAUCGUCUAGUACCUAUGUAUCCGUGUGAUUCUUGUCACGCGUUGAAAUAACUUGGUACUAGUAACUAAUUGGAUCAACAAGUUGCAUGCAAGGGUUGCAAGUUUGAAGGUGAAACAAGUAAAAUCAGUGCUAAGUC